AUGGUGAUGGCACUGCAUGUAUUGCUGGGUUGGCCUUCCCUUAAUGUAUUCCGAGGUUAUAAGCACCUCUCAGGCUUCGUGGACGUCCACACUCAAACGAAACGUGCGAUGGAUGGCUCUCAAGUUCGGCCAAGCAAGCAGAGCGAUAUGUAUUCAUUUGGCGAUGUCAUGCUGCAGGUCCUCACCAAUAACAUUCCCUAUUAUAACCUUCGGAAUGAUGCUGCCAUCAUCUGGGCUAUGCAGAAGUCGCAAAAGCCUUCCCGAUCUCGUUAUCCUGAGCUCCCUGAAAUCCAGUAUGCAGGCGAGCACAGGUCCAACCGAAUUUCGCAUUAUCAGGCCGUUCAUUUCUCUGACACGGUGGAAGUGUAG